AUGGCUUCUUCACUCUCUGCGUUUCCACUUUCUGAUCGGAAUUUUCGCACAAAGCCUCCUCCUUCUUCAUCUUCUUUGCAGUUCUCGUCUUCGAAUUUCGUUCUGAGAGCAAGAGCCGCUGCAAAAGAGGUUCAUUUCAACCGUGAUGGCUCUGUCACCAAGAAGCUUCAGGCAGGUGCAGAUAUGGUGGCGAAGCUAUUGGGCGUGACAUUGGGUCCAAAGGGACGGAACGUGGUGUUGCAGAACAAGUACGGACCUCCCAGGAUCGUCAAUGACGGUGAAACUGUUCUUAAAGAGAUUGAAUUGGAGGACCCGUUAGAGAAUGUUGGAGUGAAACUUGUGAGGCAAGCGGGUGCGAAGACUAAUGACCUUGCGGGUGAUGGUUCUACUACAUCUAUAGUGCUUGCUCAUGGCCUAAUUACUGAAGGUAUUAAGGUGGUUUCUUCUGGAACUAAUCCCAUCCAGGUUGCCCGUGGUAUUGAGAAAACCGCAAAAGCUCUUGUUUUAGAGCUCAAGUCAAUGUCCAGAGAGAUGGAGGAUCAUGAGCUUGCUGAUGUAGCAGCAGUUAGUGCGGGGAAUGACUACGAAGUGGGAAACAUGAUUUCCAGUGCUUUUCAACAAGUAGGAAGGGCUGGUGUAGUAACAAUAGAGAAAGGAAAAUACCUUGUGAACAAUCUUCAUAUUGUGGAAGGAAUGCAGUUUAAUCGUGGUUAUUUAUCGCCUUACUUUGUCACUGAUCGAAGGAAGAGAGAAGUUGAAUAUCAUGAUUGCAAGCUGCUCUUGGUUGAUAAGAAAAUAACAAAUCCAAAAGAUAUGUUCAAGAUAUUGGAUUCUGCUGUUAAAGAGGACUAUCCAGUUCUUAUAGUUGCUGAAGAGAUCGAGCAAGACGCACUUGCUCCUGUAAUUAGGAACAAACUAAAAGGUAACCUGAAGGCAGUAGCCAUAAAAGCUCCUGCCUUUGGGGAGCGCAAGAGCCACUAUUUGGAUGAUCUUGCAAUCUUAACUGGAGCUACGGUGAUCAGAGAUGAGAUGGGCCUAAGCUUAGAGAAAGCUGGAAAAGAGGUCUUAGGAACAGCAACAAGGAUUCUUGUAACUAAGGAUUCAACAUUGAUUGUUACUAAUGGAGACACCCAAAAAGCAGUAGAGGAAAGGGUUUCUCAGAUUGAAAAACUCAUCCAGAACACUGAGGGAAGCUUUCAGAAGAAGAUCCUCAAUGAAAGAAUAGCCAGAUUAUCCGGUGGAAUUGCUAUAAUCCAGGUAGGUGCACAGACCCAGGUUGAGUUGAAGGAUAAACAGCUAAAGGUUGAAGAUGCCCUGAACGCAACUAAGUCAGCAAUUGAACAAGGGAUUGUAGUUGGUGGUGGCUGCGCACUCUUGCGACUGGCUGCAAAAGUGGAAAAAAUCAAAGACACCCUUGACAACAAAGAACAGAAGAUUGGAGCCGAAAUAUUCAAGAAAGCAUUGAGCUACCCCAUAAGACUUCUAGCAAAAAACGCAGGCGCAAAUGGCAAUAUCGUCAUACAAAAGGUCUUAUCAAGCGAAAACACGAUGUACGGUUACAAUGCUGCAAAGAAUCAGUACGAAGAUCUGAUGUUGGCUGGUAUUAUCGAUCCGACCAAGGUUGUGAGAUGUUGCUUAGAACACGCUGCAUCAGUGGCUAACACGUUUCUGACAUCAGAUGCUGUUAUAGUUGAGAUCAAAGAAAUCAAACCCAGACCAAUCAUUAACCCACCAUUGCCUACUUCUCCAGCUACUUCCUCCAUGUUCCCUGACAGAAACUCGGCAAGAUUUCCUCAAAUUAUGCCCAGAACUCGAAGCCACUUUCCAAGAAAGUAG